UGUGAGGUGGAAGAAGAAGGGAUUGAGGAGGAAAGUGUGUUUGAUGAGAAAGAGAGGGAACGAGAGAAGAACAAGAGACGGAAAUGGAAGGAGGGAGCUGACUGUUUGAGGAGCAGCAUAAAGUGGGCGAGAGGAGGAGAGAUCGGGAGGGCCAGGGAUUGAGUGAAGAUAACUGACCAAAGGAAGGAGAGAAAGGGGAGGAGAGUGAGGGAAGGUGUCUGACCAAAGGGGAGGGACGGAGAGUGAGGGAAGGUGACAGCAAAGAGAGAAAGGGGCGGAGAGGAGAGUGAAUGUGGGAGAAAAGUGAUUUGAGAGGGGAAAGAAGCCGAUGAGCGAGAGACAGUCUUUGUGCCACAGGAAAUUCCUAUUGCAUCGAAAACCCGGAAUUUUGAAGAGUAUCGUGUUGAAGUUUGCCAGUCAGAAUCAAAAAAGUAUUACCAACCAAAACUGCUCAACUGUAAAUACCUAGAUAUUUAACAAUGACGCCAGAAGGAACAAAACUCAUCAAUGUCAUAAUUCUGGGAUGUGGGUUUUUGUUAGUUUUCAGCGCCUUUCAAACUGGUGGCAACAUAGAACAAACAGUCAUCAAGAGCAUUAACAGUACCCGGUUUCAUGGAAGUGGAUACACCAGCUUGGCUAUAAUUUAUACUGUAUUUUCUGCUUCAAAUAUUUUGACUCCGUCAAUUGUUGCUGUUUUGGGAGCUCGACUUUCAAUGGUCAUUUCUGGAUUAGUGUACAGUGUAUAUUCUGCAGUUUUCAUUGAGCCAUUCACUUGGUCAUUUUACUUAGCUUCAGUCAUCAUUGGAAUAGCAGCUGCAGUGAUAUGGACUGCACAAGGCAACUGUUUGACGACAAACUCAGAUGAAAACACAAUUGGAAGAAAUAGUGGAAUAUUUUGGGCGCUGUUGCAAUUUAGUCUUUUGUUUGGAAAUCUGUACAUAUACCUUGCCUGGAAGGGAGAAACACACAUCUCAGAUCAUAAUCGUAGGACUGUUUAUGUUGCAUUAACUGUAAUUAGUGGAGUGGGAAGUAUCCUUUUUCUCCUUAUAAGGCAACCAGUUUCUGAGGUUUCAUCUACAGAACAGAACAAAUCUGAUGAUGAAUCUGACACUGUACUUGGACCUCAAGAGCAACGAUCACAAGCAAUUGAUGCAAUUCGAAGUGCAAUCUGUAUAUUCUUGACCAAAGAUAUGCUGCUUCUAAGUAUAACUAUUACUUAUACUGGUAUUGAACUAACCUUUUUUAGUGGUGUCUAUGGUACCUGUUUGGGUGCCACAAAUGGUUUUGGGAGUGAAGCCAAAAGCCUAAUUGGUUUAUCUGGUAUCUUCAUUGGUGUUGGAGAAAUCAUAGGUGGUGCAACCUUUGGUUUAUUGAACAAAUUCCUCAGAAAAUAUCUUGGCAUUGGCAGAAACCCUGUUGUUCUUCUGGGUUUAUUAUGUCACAUUAUUGCCUUCUUUCUGAUAUUCUUAAAUGUGCCAGGGGAUUCACCAAUUGUUUCUGAUGAAGGAACUGAUCGAGUUUCUUACUUAAUUCCAAGCAAAAUCAUUGCUAUGGUUUGCAGUUUCCUCCUGGGACUAGGUGAUAGUUGUUUCAACACACAACUCCUUAGUAUAGUAGGAUAUAUGUAUUCUGAAGAAAGUGCUCCUGCGUUUGCUGUCUUCAAGUUUGUGCAAUCUAUCAGUGCAGCAAUAGCAUUUGGCUACAGCAAUUAUCUAUUGCUCAAGUGGCAGCUGCUUAUCCUUGGUGUGAUUGGAUUAUUUGGCACAAUAUCUUUCAUCCUCGUGGAGUGGAAGACAGAGGCACAUUCUCGUGGUUUCAGUUAUAACCGCAUUUAAUCAAGAAACUGCAUUUUCAAAGACCCAAUGAUGCGUAGGUUUUUAAAGCUUAGAUUUAUUUUUAAAUACCACUUUUACUAAUGUUUUUUGAGAAAUUUAAUUAGUUGUAUGAAAAUAUUUCUAAAUAUAGUUUUCAAUGAAACCUUAAAUUUACCAUAAUUGUAUCAGACCAAGGGCCGUCUCAUCAGUGGUGAUUUAACCUGAGGGCCACCAAUUUGGAUGAGCAGAGGGCUUGAGAAGGGGAGUCCUUCAUAAUAAGCUCAACCGGUGUGGAAAUUGAACUCUCACUGUUGGCCUCAAUUUAUGUCGCAAACCAGCUGUCCAGCCAACUUAGUUAAUUGACCUGCUUAUUUGUGGCUAAAAGAUAUAACUGGAGUGAAUGUCAUAAAGCCAAUAAAGUGAAGCUGGUUACUAAAUAGCUGAUGGAAUACAAUAACCAAACAUUUCUGCUGCACAUAAAUUCUGCACUACAAGAAAUAUGAUGAACAAACUAAAUCUGAUCUAAAAUAUUGACUUCACUGAUUUGAA